CGACGAAGGAGGCGUGACUCCCCUGUGGGUUCCCGCCCUGUCCCUUGUCCCAGCAGCAUGAAGCGAGAUCUGCCAUUUCUGUUGUGAGAAGACAAAACCGGCGUGAGCAAUAAUAAAGUUAUUAUAAGCCAUGGUCCAAGCCAAGACGUGGAUCCUGGCCAAGCACUUCGAUGGCUUCCCGAAGGACAGCGACUUCCAGCUGAAGACGGAGGAGCUUCCCGAGCCCAAGGAUGGAGAGGUGCUUCUGGAGGCCGUGUUUCUCAGCGUCGACCCGUACAUGAGGCCGUUCAGUCGGGUUCGCAUGAAAGAGGGCGAAGUGAUGAUUGGAACUCAAGUGGCCAAAGUGAUCCAAAGUAAAAACCCAGCAUUUCCCGUGGGGAGCCAUGUGGUCGGGCGCGGCGGCUGGAGAACCCACACGCUCAGCGACGGCACGGACCUCAUUCCCAUCAUGCCCGAGUGGCCUCAAGACGUCUCGUUGUCGCUGGCUCUGGGUACCAUCGGCAUGCCAGGACUCACGGCGCUGUAUGGCAUCGAGGAGGUGUUGGGACUCCAGAAAGGCGAGACGCUGCUGGUGAACGCUGCAGCCGGCGCCGUGGGCUCCGUGGUGGGCCAGAUCGCCAAGAUCAAGGGCUGCAAGGUGGUGGGUUCGGCUGGCUCUGACGCGAAGGUGGCCUUCCUCAAAGAGCUGGGCUUCGACGAGGCCUUCAACUACAAGACCGUCGGCUCCCUGGAGGAGGCGCUGAAGAAAGCGGCUCCGGAGGGAUAUGACUGCUUGUUUGAAAACGUGGGAGGCUCUUUUUCAAGCGUUGCUCUGCACCAGAUGAAGAACUUCGGAAGAAUCGCAGUGUGUGGGAGUAUUUCUGUGUACAAUGACUCCACACCUCAGACAGGUCCCUACCCACAUCUGACCAUGAUCUUUAAGCAGAUAAAGAUGGAGGGCUUCAUGCAGUCCAGGUGGGAGCACAAAAACCCAGAAUCCCUCAAGAGACUGGUGGGAUGGUUGAAGGAGGGCAAACUUCAAAGUCGGGAGCACGUGACAAACGGCUUUGAGAAGAUGCCAGCUGCUUUCAUGGGGUUGCUGCAGGGAGACAACAUCGGAAAGGCCAUCAUCGCAGUCUGAACACAGGGUCGAGAACGGUGUUAGCAACAAUAACUAUCAUAUACAUUUAUACAUGAAGGAUGAGCAAUACACAGGCAUAAGGAACCAGAGCCUGACCCAUCAGAUGAAGCUGAUAUUAGAGAGUAAAGCGUUUCUGAUAUUAAUAUAUCAGCUGAUACAUACAGGAUAAGAAAAUAAAAAAGUUAGACUUGAUAUAUUUACAGUUUAACCAUAAACGUCAUUCUAUAUAGAAAGAAAACACAAAUAAAACCAAAUGUUUAGAGAUCGAAAGAAGAAAAUUAACAUUUAAAUGUAAAACAUAAAUGCAAAAUAUUUCUGCAUUGUUGUUUCUGUGGAAUAAAACAAAAUUAUAUCUGCAAAUGUAAAUGCAGAUUUGUCUUAAAGACUCAUAUCGGAUGAUAAAAAUCAGUCUCCACUACUAACCACCUAUUUUCAGAUUGGUAUGUUUAUGUUGAUUAUUUGAAUAUUUUUGUAGCCACUAUCAUAAAGCAUUAUAGAUGAAAACACUUUUAUAGUAGUUGCAUUAACUUCUAGUUUAUUUGUUUUAAAGGUUUUCACAGCAGACAAUGAUCCCCAUGUUUGAGUGUAUGUAAGGAGGGAGAGACCAGACAACUGAUGGCAGAUACACAGGAUGGUUGUUUUAGUAAGAAAAUAGUCCCUAGAUGCUCUGUGUGGAUCUGCUGAUAAAACAUUCACUUACUGUUACAUAAUCAACCAGGUGCUUUCUACAAAUAAAUAAGCAUUUAUUAAGGCAAUAAAGGUUUUUUUUUUAA